GGCGCGGCGUCUCCUUCCUCCGCCCACUGCCCAGUCAGUCGCAGCAACCGCCGGAGCCGCAGGAGGGAGGCGGGACCUGCCCGGCGGCUGCUGGGGAGGCGCCAGGAUGAAGCUUUACAGCCUAAGUGUCCUUUACAAAGGCGACCCCAAAGUGCACUUGCUGAAAGCCGCCUACGACUUGUCCUCGUUCAGCUUCUUCCAGAAAACCAGUGUUCAGGAAUUCAUGACCUUCACGAGCCAGCUGAUUGUAGAGCGGUCAGUGCUGGGCAGCCGAGCGUCAGUGAAGGAACAAGAAUACCUCUGCCAUGUGUACGUGCGAAAUGACAGACUGGCUGGAGUGGUGAUCGCAGACAACGAGUAUCCACCGCGUGUGUGUUUCACCUUGCUGGAGAAGGUGCUGGAUGAGUUCUCCACACAGGUCAGUAGGACAGACUGGCCCUCAGGAUCUCCAUCUACGAUUAACUAUGCAGCCUUGGACGGUUACCUUAGUAAAUAUCAGAAUCCCCGGGAGGCUGACGCUAUGACGAAAGUGCAGGCGGAGCUGGACGAGACCAAAAUCAUUCUGCACAACACCAUGGAGUCUCUGCUGGAGCGCGGGGAGAAGCUGGAUGACUUGGUGGCCAAGUCGGAGGUGCUUGGGCUACAUUCCAAACACUUCUACAAAACUGCCCGAAAGCAGAACUCGUGCUGCGAGAUCAUGUGACCCAGCCAGCUGAGACCGCUGCUCCCACCGCCUGGCCUUCACUCACUUUCAGACCUUUAAAGUACAUGGGACGAAAAGAGACCGCCCGUGGGUGGGGAUCCCCGGUUCCAGGCUGCACCUCUGCGGGCGGUGGGGCUGGGACAGGGCUUUCUCGGCACCCCGGGGCCAUCUAGUUAAACAGCUCUUCCUCGGAAAGGCCGGCAAGGUCAGCCCUGAAGAGACAGUGUGACCAUUCUCCUGCCAGCCCUUUCUGGCCUGAAGGGCUUGUUGCUUUGACAUCUGGCUUGUAAUUGCGGCGCUGGAUUGGCCAGGGGCUUUCACUCCUCAUCUCCAGAGAUCAGACGCGGACUGCAUUCUGGUCACGUUGUUGUUUACAGUCAUAACACUAGAGAGGGACUCCAGUAACUGAGACCAGCCAGCACCACUGCCCAACGUUGAGGGCCCAUCAGCUCAGCCUCCGACUCCUACCCACCCAGCGACUGAACCCUUGGGCGCGGGGCCCGGUUGAUAUGGGCCUCUGAGGAGCGUUGAGAACAGGCGUCAGUGUUGUGGGAUGUAGCCUUGCUGCUCCCAGGGCAGCAGGGGUGCUCCAACUGGAGUCUCGGCCAGCCAGAGGAAGCCAGGCCUGGAAUCGCCAAUUGUUCCCCAUGUUCAGCUGAGGAGUCAGCACUCAUGGUGGCGCUUUCCCAACAGGUGCCACCAAGCCAAGGUCCUCGAGCUUUGCUGCAGGGGAUCUGCCUCCCCACCCCGGCAGUGAGCAGAGAGCCCCCCGGGGGGUGCCGUUCGAUGCGGAGCAGGGGGAGAUGCUGACGUUUUGCCUUGCUUUCACCCUGUUCCUCGCCAAGGGGCUGGUGGGUCUCUCCCCUCCAUGGGUGUCUGGGCUGUGUCACAGUUACUGUCUGUCCUCACCAGGCCGCUCGUCAGCCAGCAUCCCCAUCACUUCGUCCUAACCUGCGGCUCUGGCCCCCGGGGCUGUGCCGCCUCCCACUCUGCACUGGGAGCUGUGCCAAGUGUGCGCUGUGGUGGGGGAGGGUCUCACUGAUCUGCCAGGCCCGGAGCUCCCUGCUGGCUGGUGGAAAGGCUAGAACAUGAUGUUCACGUCCCCUCUCUGUACAGAGAUGGAGGCUGAGCAGAGCCCACCCUGUCCGUCCUUCCAUCCUGUCCGUGGAGCUGCACUUUCCUUCCCCCCUUGGACCUGACUCUUGCUCAUCCUUGCCUUUGCCCAGCACUGAUGUACUGGGAUCAGGCAGGGGGGAACCAGCGUCCUUGGGUGGGGCUCUGAACGGGGAGCAAUCACCUGGGGAGGGGCACCAGGGGAACGAGGCAGCUAAC